UGUCCACCCUUUUCAUGAAUAAGCUAUUCCUCCAUGACUGCACUCAAACAAUUCUCAUUGGGAAGGAAUAGAAAUAAAAAGACUCAAUAGACCUAAGGUUUUAAAUCCUAUCUCCUGUAAGGAUAAGGUAGGACCAGCCACUCUCCACAAAAGUGAAGAUUAUAUACAAAUAUUUUUCUCUUCCUGCUGACUGGUAGCGUCUCGACCAAAGAUUUUAUCAAACCCCUUAAAUGGCAACCUUCUUUAGCUCUCCACCAUUUUUGUCUCACCCGCUAAGAACUCCCCGCUUGUCUUCAUCAUCACAAACACCUCCUCCUCCUUCACCACCAAAUCCAUCUUCUCAACCACCACCUCCUACUCCGUCUUCACAGCUAAGCACGACUUCCUCUGAGCAGCAAACACCUGCAGCCUCAGUAAAAGUGCAACAACAAAAGCCCCCUAAACCCGCCACCACUGUUGAAACCACAGACUGGAUAGCUUCCUCCUUGACCAGGCGCUUCGGGCUCGGUGCAGGUCUUGCAUGGGCAGCCUUCCUUGCUGUUGGAGUGAUUUCUGAACAGAUUAAGACUCGCCUUGAAUCUUCUCAACAAGAAGCAAAUACAAGAGAUGUUGAGAAGCAAGAGGAGGUCGUGUUGCCUAAUGGCAUAAGGUACUAUGAGUUGAGAGUUGGUGGAGGGGUUUCUCCAAGGAAUGGAGACGUGGUGGUGAUUGAUCUCAAGGGAAAAAUUGAAGGCAGCGGUGAAGUGUUUGUUGAUACAUUUGACGGAGGGAAGAAGCCACUUGCUCUAGUAAUGGGGUCAAGGCCUUACAGCAAGGGAAUGUGUGGAGGGGUAGAAUAUGUGUUGAGAUCAAUGAAAGCAGGGGGCAAAAGGAGAGUGAUAGUUCCUCCCAAUUUGGCAUUUGGAGAGAAUGGUGCAGAUUUAGGCUCUGGUGUCCAGAUUCCGCCGUCUGCCACUCUUGAGUACAUUGUUGAGGUUGAUAAAGUCUCCAUUGCACCUGCAUGAUCAUUUUUUUUUUGUUUUGAAGGAAAGAGUCAUAAACUAAAUUGCAUAUGUACUUAGUGCACUUGGACAGUUUUACGAGUUUAUUUCUUUUUUUCUCCCUGUUGGAUCAUGAAAGGUAAAAGCAAAUUUAUCAAGGAAUUCAAACUUCUUAUUAAUCCAGAUUGGAUAAUUAAGAGAUAAACAUUACAAUUACAAUAAAACUUAAAAACAAAAACCUGAACUUUUAAAAAGAAAAAAAAAAACCUAAUAAAAAAAUCUUCCCAUUACAUUACGGACUAGCUGGCAUUGGAAAGCGGCACAAUGGGCAUCGAUGACUGGUAUUCAGCCCCUUCUCGACACAGUCUCCAUGAAAGAGAUGCGAACAAGGCAUGCAAGUGACCUCUGUUCCAGGCGAGAGUUGCUUCAUACAAAUCAUGCGCUCUUCAGUAGAAGCACCAAGACCAUCAACCUAAGGUUGAAGCUUCACUUUUUGCAAAGGCUUGGUGGAAUCCUUCGUCGCAGGAACUGGCUUAGGAGUUUCUUGCAUUGACAACUCCAGUGCCAUAGCCUCUAACUCAUCUUCCCACCUGACCAUCUUCUUGACGCGUAAUAUUAUUGUAGGGAUGCCGCCAAAUUCACAAUUGUUCUUCUAUUGUUUCUUCUGCUUCUCUUUUUCUAAAAUCAGCUUCGCAUCGGAGAAAACUACGUCCAACAUCCUUUCAAGGCCGCGCCGAUCGGUACGCCAUCAAGCCUCACGUAAACGGUGAGCUACAUAGUUGCGGUGUCGAUUGGAGCAAAAAACAAAUACUGGAAAAACCAAUUCUUCCUGGAAUUCCUCCUCCUGAUCAUCCUCACGAACAUUGCCAGUAUCAUCAUCAAGGAACUUACGGAUUUGAAGAAGAAAUCCGGUUUGGGAAAAGUGAACCCCUCAGAGGAGUGAGAGUCACGCCGCAGUCUACCAUCACUUGAAACCACGGUUCACGUCUUGCCAUGAUGAAAACAAUCUCUUCGAAGAAAAGGGAAUGCAAUGCAAUGCAAUAAAUCAAAGCAGAAAAACAAUUUCAAACUUAGGGUUUGCUUUGAGUGAAGACUAGUGUACGCGCUUGUAUAUAUAGAUAUAUUGCCUUACCUAAACCUAAUGGGAAAA